CCUCUCCUCUCUCGCUCUCUCCUCGCCCGCUGGGUGCUGAAGUUGGGCGGAUGGCAGCGAACCGGCUCCGCUAGAAGCCCGAGCAGCCCGGCCUCGCGCCCCCGGACGCAGCAGUGCGCUGCCCACACCUCCAGGCGACUAGACAAUUGGGUACUGAAGUAGCUGAAAUGCGAAAGAGGCAGCAGUCCCAAAAUGAAGGAACACCUGCUGUGUCUCAGACGCCCGGAAACCAGAGGCCCAACAACACUUGCUGCUUUUGCUGGUGCUGUUGCUGCAGCUGCUCCUGCCUCACUGUUAGGAAUGAAGAAAGAGGGGAAAAUGCGGGAAGACCCACACAUACGACAAAAAUGGAGAGCAUCCAGGUCCUAGAGGAAUGCCAAAACCCCACUGCAGAGGAAGUCUUAUCCUGGUCUCAAAAUUUUGACAAGAUGAUGAAGGCCCCAGCUGGAAGAAACCUUUUCAGAGAAUUCCUCCGGACAGAAUACAGCGAAGAGAACCUCCUUUUCUGGCUUGCCUGUGAAGACUUAAAGAAAGAGCAGAACAAAAAAGUCAUUGAAGAAAAGGCCAGAAUGAUAUAUGAAGAUUAUAUUUCCAUACUAUCACCAAAAGAGGUCAGUCUUGAUUCUCGAGUUAGAGAGGUGAUCAAUAGAAAUCUGUUGGAUCCCAAUCCUCACAUGUAUGAAGAUGCCCAACUUCAGAUAUAUACUUUAAUGCACAGAGAUUCUUUUCCGAGGUUUUUGAACUCUCAAAUUUAUAAGUCAUUUGUUGAAAGUACUGCCGGCUCUUCUUCUGAAUCUUAAUUUUCAUCUUAAAAAUAAAUCAUUUUGGAGGGCUGGGAUGGGAAAUAAGAGUAGUUAAAUAACAUCAGAAACUUGAGCUCCUGGAGAACUACAGUUUAGCAUUCCUCAGGCUACUGUGAAAAUACAACCAUUAUGGUGUUUGUCUCCAUUUUUAUCCAAGGUUAUCCAUGAUUAAGCUUGGAGAAGAUUCCACACAAAACAAUGAAUUGCCAAAUGGUUUUAUCCAACACUCCUUCUAUUUGCAAGCAAACUGUAUUUGUAGUCCUAUGAACAGUCUCCCAGUGUAUCUCCAGAGACUGCAUGUGCGAAGUAAAACUGCUUCAUUUGCCACGUAGUUGUUGUAAUAUUUAAUCCAGUAGCAUAACUUAUAUCUGUAUUUAAGGACUUUUGUGCAAUAUGGUCUUACAGAAAUAAUUGCCAAAAAAUUGGCCAUGGUUUGCAUUUUUUUUUAACAAAGACAAAAAAGGCAUUUUUUACAAUGUGACAAUGAUAUUCAAUAUGCUAUCUACUGUGUUCAGUACAAUAAUUUUGAAGCCAAUAUUUCUGUACAUGAAAAAAAGAGCUAUUUAUCUCUGUUUGCUGGAAAAUCCUAGUGGAGGGGUCCUCUGGUCAUUGACUGCCAAACACUGGCAUUUUCCUUACAGAACAGUUUGCUAUAUUAAAGAGGAAAAAGAAGAAAGAAUAAAAGCACAAAACAAUUUGAAGAUAUUCUAUCUCAAUGACAAAUCAAAGAGUGAUAUUGUUUUUAAUUGUAAUAGAAGAAAAUGAAUCUAUGUAUAUAUCAGAUGUCCAAUACUGUAAUCAAUUUGUUAAAGACUGGCUCUCCAGUU